AUGCCUGAUUUCAAACAAGUGGAUGUGUUCACUAAUGUCAAAUUCAAAGGUAAUCCAUUAGCUGUCUUUUUUGAUGCUACUCAUUUAUCAAAUGAAGAUAUGAAAGCAAUUUCUAAUUGGACUAAUCUUUCAGAAACUACAUUUGUGUUACCACCAACCAAACCAGAGGCCGAUUAUAAAGUUCGUAUUUUCACGACUCAAAGUGAAUUACCAUUUGCAGGUCAUCCAACAUUAGGUACUUGUUUUUCUUUACUUGAAGCUGGUAAGAUCCAACCAAAUAGUGAAAAUAAAAUUUAUCCAGAAUGUGGAGCUGGUAUAGUUGAAAUCAGUGUGGAAAAUUUCACUACUAAAGAUGACUUAUCACAAGUUUAUCUUUCAUUUAAAUUGCCAUAUUAUAAGUCCUCCUCGAUUUCAGAUGAACAAUUGGUUGAAGUAGCUGAGUCAUUGAAUCUUAAAGUUGAUGAUAUUAUUACUAAGCCAAUAUUAAUUGAUGAUGGUCCUAAAUGGUUAACAUUCCAAUUGAAGUCAGGUCAAUCAGUAUUAGAUUUAAAUCCAAGUUACGAUGUAAUCAGCGAUUUGAGUAUUAAAUAUGAUUGGGCUGGUUAUGGUAUUUAUGGUAAAUACGAAGAUGGUAGUCUUGAAUUAAGAAAUUUAGCUCCUGUUGAAGGUGUUAAAGAAGAUCCUGCAUGUGGAAGUGGAGCUGGAGCAGUUGGCGCUUAUAUUGGAUCAGUGUUAAAAGAACAUAAACUUAAAUCUAAAAUCUCUAUUAAACAAGGGGCUAAGCUUUCAAGAGAUGCUAAACUUUCAGUAACCAUUGAUGUCGAUGAUAAAGGAGAAGUUGUAGUAUAUGUUGGUGGACAAGUUGUAACUUGUAUAAAUGGUAGUUACUAA